AUGAACAUGACAGGCGACACCCGACUUGUCACCGGAGGAGAUUUUAACGCUCCACACACGCAGUGGGGAUAUGGGCACUCGUCGAAAAAAGGAAAAAACCUUGCCCACCUCAUCAAAAAGGCCGCACUAGCCAUUCUGAAUGAGCCAGCCUCGCACACCAGAAUCGGUGUAGGUUCUCACAGGGACACCAUGCCGGACUUGACCCUCUGCAAGAACGUCGGGCGAUACGCGUGGGAAAAUACCUUUGAAGACUUGGGAAGUGAUCACAGGGUCCUCAGCAUCGCCCUAGGCAAUCCUCCUACAAGGAACUGCAAACGGACAAUCAGGCGCGUAGAUUGGGACGAAUUCCGCAAAAGCAGGAACGAGAAAGAACAGGGACCCAUCGAAAACAUAGAAGAAUGGAGCAGUGAACUUCUACGAUACGUAGAAAAAGCCACAACCGAAAUGGAAUGA